AUGUCUUCAACAAGCGCCCUCCCCCUGACCCUCAAAUCAAUCAGCUCAACCAAACUCGAAGAACUCUCCAAACAACGCGCCCUGUUCAACCAACGCAAAUCCGAAAUCCUAGAAGCCGCCAACUCCGUUCCCGAAAGCGACCUACGCCGCAAAGUCCAGAUUUUACUGGAAGGCGUAACUCGUCUUGCUAGUCGUCCCGAAGACGCGUUUGAUCGUGAAGAUGAGUUGGAUCGGCAGGAUGGGAAGAAGAACAUCAUACCCUUCCCGCUAGCUGCUUCUACUCAUUCAUCAGACUGGAAACGGAGUAGAGAUGUGAAUAUUCGACGAUUCUUGUUUCAGAGUCAUUACGACAAAUCUAUCUCCGAUGAGGUUUUGCGUGGAUGGAUCAAGAGUAUGGAGAGUGAUUUGGAGUUUCUGUCGGUCAAUGAUAUGGUUACUGAGUGGCUCUCGAAUUUUGAUACAAAACCCAACGAUGUAAAAUUGCCAACUGUCGAUGACGAGAAGGGCGAUGCCAAAUCUGAUGAAUCUGCGUUCGAGGAAGUAGGUCGCGCGGCAAUGCAUGAACAACGCGCUGUUUGGGAACAACUAGUCUUUUCGCCGGCGGAUGUUGACUCUCAAAGUGUUGAGACCUAUCUGGAGCGACUCUUUACAGGGACAAAGCUAUCUCAACAGGCUCUUAGAAGACUCCGCGAGCGCAUCAUUACGUUCGGGUCGCAGUUUCGCUCCGAGGCAAAAGAUUCUUUCAAUAUCGAGUUACUCAAAACUGUUAGUCGGUCGCUACUGGGCAGUGACUUUCUAUCUCCGGAGAAAGUUAUGAUUUUGAAGGAAUUCUUGAGAAAUGACGAGGUUGCUCAGGAAGUGGCUGAUGUGCUGAAUUUACGGUUUGCUGCCCUGGAUCGUUGGAACUGGUCGCCAGAAGGAGUCCCUGUUGAGAUGCGUCGUCAGUUGAACGGAAAAUAUCGUGUGUUCAUGGAUGAGGAUCUCAUCGAUGCGAUACUCUUCCAUUACAUUGGUCUGAAGUGGUCAGUCGAGUUCCGUGAGGCAUUUCUCCAAUUCUUCGAUUCGCGUGCAUGGAAAUCGAAUGCGAAAACCAUUCCAAAGGCGAAGAUUGAUCGGCGACAAUAUUUCACAGGCCAAUCGACCACAAACGCUUCAGUUGAUAAUUUGCGCAGGAACAUGUAUAGGGGGAGUUAUUUCAUGAGUCAACUUCCUGGAUCAUUGGACGAAGGUAAGCGGGGCUAUGAUGACGAUGACUUUGGUGAUGACGAGAAUACCAAUACAAUGCGGGCGUCCGCCAUCGAGACAAAACAUUCGCUGCUUCAUUUGCUUAUAACAGAGUCGAUUAUCCACAACCGACUGCGGGGCCAGUUUACUGUUAUACGGUCUGACUUUAAAUGGUUUGGACCCUCGCUUCCUCAUGGGACCUUGCUAGCGGUUCUGAAAUUCUUCGGUGUCCCUCAAGAUUGGCUGGAUUUCUUCAAGAAGUUCUUGGAAUGUCCACUCAAGUUUGUUCAGGAUGGACCACAACCUGCGGUGAGAAUCCGGAAGCGAGGUAUUCCGAUCAGCCAUACUUUGUCAGACGUAUUUGGAGAGGCGAUUCUCUUCUGCAUGGACUACGCCGUCAACCAACAUGCAGAUGGUGCCUUUUUAUACCGAUUACACGACGAUUUCUGGUUCUGGGGAGAAGAAAAGACAUGCCGGAAAGCAUGGAGGGCAAUGACUGAUUUCACCGCGGUGGCUGGAUUGGAGUUCAACGAAGAGAAAACAGGAACUGCUCGGAUCGGAAGAAUGAUCAACUCGCAAGGUCAGAAACAGCGGCAACGACAUGAUGAGGAAGCGGAAGAUUCUUCGUCAAGCGAGGAGGAUUUGAAAGAGGAAGAUUCCGAGUCAGACACUGAAACGUUCUUAGACGACGCAUUCGAUCCGUUACCGCGAGGUGAUGUCCGCUGGGGAUUUCUGAGACUGGACCCAGAGCGAGGUCGCUUCCUCAUUGACCAGGAGCAGGUUGACGCCCACAUAGAAGAACUGCGACACCAACUUUCUGCAUGCAAGAGUAUCUUUGCAUGGGUCCAGGCGUGGAACAGUUAUUUUUCACGGUUCUUCAGCAACAAUUUCGCCAAACCCUCAUUCGCAUUUGGUCGCGAGCAUAUUGAUAUGGCAAUCAACACCUUGAGUCGUAUUGAACGAGAAGUUUUUGCACACACUACCUCCACAGCUUCUGGAAACAACGGUGUGGUCGAUCAUUUGCGUCGAGUGAUCCGAAACAGAUUUGGUGUUGACGAUCUGCCUGAUGGAUUCUUCUAUUUCCCCAUUGAACUCGGUGGUCUAGAACUUCAUAACCCGUUCAUCAGCCUUCUCGCUAUGAGGGAGGGUAUCACACAAAUGCCCCAGAGAAUCAUUGAAGACGUCUACCUAGGGGAAGAACUUGAUUAUGAAAUAGCAAAGAAAAAAUGGCAAGUAGGAAAUCUUGGUACAAGUACAUAUCGCAACAGCAUAUCCUGGAAGAGAGACGGCAGCGAUCCCCCAGAAUCAUUCUAUUCCUUCGAAGAACACACAGCCCAUCUCGAAACAACCAGCCACAGGCUACGAGCCGCCUACGAAGAACUCCUCCGCGUCCCUGAAGAGAUCGAAGUCGGUCAAAGCAUAGACAUCCGCAGCGGUCACAUGCUUCCAGUCGAGAAGAAGAGAGGACGCUUCAACAGAGCAGAGUUGCGAAAAUCGAAAGACCGCAUCACCUCGAUCUGGGACGAUAUGCUUCCGUAUUGGAAAUGGGUGGCUGAGGUUUAUUCCGCAGGUAUGGUGCAAAAGUAUGGUGGUUUGUCGGCUGUUGAUCGCGCUUUGAUGCCGUUGGGGGUUGUGAAGGUGUUGAGACAGGGGAAGGUUCGAUGGCAGGGUUAG